AUGACAGCCUCUGAUCUACCAGGAGAACACAUGACAGUCUCUGAUCUACCAGGAGAGCACAUGACAGCCUCUGAUCUACCAGGAGAACACAUGACAGCCUCUGAUCUACCAGGAGAGCACAUACAGCCUCUGAUCUACAGGAAACACAUGACAGCCUCUGAUCUACCAGGAGAGCACAUGACAGCCUCUGAUCUACCAGGAGAGCACAUGACAGCCUCUGAUCUACCAGGAGAGCACAUGACAGCCUCUGAUCUACCAGGAGAACACAUGACAGCCUCUGAUCUACCAGGAGAGCACAUGACAGCCUCUGAUCUACCAGGAGAACACAUGACAGCCUCUGAUCUACCAGAGAACACAUGA